AUGGAUGUCGUGGGUGUUGCUCUUCUGCUGUUAGCCUUGUCAAUGGCUGGUUAUGCAGUGGGUGCAGGUAGCACAGAGCAUGCUUCAAUUUAUAUAGUCCACAUGGAUAAGUCUGCUAUGCCCAAGGAAUUCCCAAGUCACGUUCACUGGUAUAAAUCGCUGCUGUCAGCUGUGAAAAAAACAAACGGGCAGCAGAGCACAGAGGAGGAGGAUCUGUAUCUUUACACUUAUGAUACUAUAAUGCACGGUUUCAGCGCCAUGCUUACAAAAUCGCAGCUGGAUUUGCUGGAGGAGAUGCCAGGUCACAUAUCAUCUUUUCCCGAUUCGUUGGCAACCAUGGAUACCACGCAUUCCACGGAAUUCCUGGAUCUUAGUUCUGAUAACGGUAUUUUGCCAAUAUCCCAAUCUGGGCAAGACAUAAUUGUGGGCAUGCUGGACACUGGAAUUUGGCCCGAGAGCCGGAGCUUCCAUGACGAUGGAAUGGGACCAGUCCCAGCCAGAUGGAAGGGGAUUUGUCAGAACGGUACAGCGUUCGCCUCUUCGCUCUGCAAUAGAAAGCUGAUAGGAGCACGCUAUUUUAACAAAGCUCUGGUCGCCAAGUACGGGAAUCUUAGCCUCAACGACGACUACAAUUCUCCAAGGGAUUCUGACGGGCAUGGAAGCAACACAUCGUCCACUGCAGGAGGUAACUAUGUGGAGGGCAUAGAUUUCUACGGCUAUGCUCCUGGUACAGCUCGUGGCGUGGCUCCUGCGGGGAGAGUUGCCAUGUACAAAGUGUUGGAAGUAACGAGUACUCUAAGAGGGGGAGGGGGUGAAUCAGAGUACACUAAAUCUUUAAAUUCAUAA